UUGUUCAUCACCGAUUGCUGACGCGGCAGAGACCGGUCUUAAAUACUGAAACAGAGCAGAAGUGGAAUUGAAUUGCAGCUUAUUCAAUCAACGGCGAGAAGAUGAAGAUCAUUCACGUUCCGUGUUUGAGUGAUAACUACUCGUACAUAAUUAUAGAUGAGGCAACCAAAGAAGGAGCAGCUGUGGAUCCAGCUGAGCCGGAGAAGGUUCUUCAAGUUGCUAAAGACAACCAAGUCAACCUCAAGACCGUUCUCACCACUCACCACCACUGGGAUCAUGCGAGUGGCAAUGAUAAGAUAAAGCAGCUGGUGCCUGGGAUUAGGGUUUAUGGUGGUUCGAUUGAUAAUGUGCAGGGGUGUACUGAUAAAGUGGGAAAUGGUGAUAAGUUGUCACUGGGGAGUGAUAUUAAUAUAUUGUGUCUUCACACUCCUUGUCAUACCAAAGGUCACAUUAGUUACUAUGUGACCGGUAAAGAGGAAGAGGACCCUGCUGUUUUCACAGGAGACACCUUGUUUAUUGCUGGGUGUGGUAAAUUUUUCGAGGGCACAGCAGAACAGAUGUAUCAAUCGCUGUGUGUGACAUUGGGUUCAUUACCAAAGCCAACUCGAGUUUUCUGUGGUCAUGAGUAUACAGUGAAGAACUUGCAGUUCGCUUUGACAGUUGAACCAGACAAUGUGAGGAUAGCCCAAAAGUUGUCAUGGGCUCAACAUCAGCAACAGGCGGGCCACCCCACUGUUCCCUCAACCAUUGAAGAAGAGCUGGAAAUUAAUCCGUUCAUGCGGGUUGAUCUACCAGAGGUUCAGGAGAAGGUUAAUUGCAAGACCCCUGUUGAAGCUAUCGGGGAGAUAAGGAAGCGGAAGGAUAAUUGGAGAGGUUGAUCAAGGACUUAUAUACUACUGCAUUUUGCUGUUCCUAUUCUGUAUGUGCUGUAUGUGGUCGUGUAACUAUUGUAUGUGCUGUAUGUGGUCGUCUGAAUUUAGGCUACUAAUAUUCCCUUUAUCCUCCUGUAAUAUAUUUGUCAAAACAUGAACAAAUAUUUCUUGUGAUUGUUGAUGAACUUUAUUCCUGUUCUACCAUGACAGUGAAUCUCGGACUUCUAUGAAAAUAUGGACGAAGAUGGUGGAUCCGAUUGAUAUUGUAACACGGUGGAUCACAAUGACGUGCAUCAAGUUUAUAGAACAGUAUUUGACAAUUUCAGGAACUGGAUUCGUUCUGUUGAUAUGCUAUUAUUGACAAGUUCAGGGACUUGCAAAUUAUCUGGUUGAUAUGCUGCGAGCUGACUUAUAUGAUGACUGACCUUAAUUGUACUUAUUCCUCCUAAAUUGUAUUGAUUUAUCCUAAAGAUUUGAAGAAUUGCACAAAGACUCUCUAUGUAUGAAUUGCAUCUUUAAAAUAUGGACAAUGGAAUAAAAAUGUUAGCUUUUGUCAA